UUGUGGUGCUUAACAUGGCAACAAAUCGCACAACAGAUGGAAGUAAGGCUUUUGCGCACUGAGUAUUUGGGGUUCAUAAUAACCUCUGGAAUAAGCAAAUUAAUACGUACUUCUUUGGCUCAAAAGAAGAAUUUAAACCGUCUUGACAAACAUGGAAUAAUAGAGCGAAGAGUUUAGUCUGAAUCCACGCAAGUUGUUGAGCUCUUCCCGGGGCCCUCCGGGGCCCAGGAAGACGAUGCAUCGCGGUGGGGAUAAGGACUUCCAGAUAUCGGCACGAAAGAUGGGCACAUCCUUGCUUUUCCAGCUGUCGGCUCAUGAGAGAGAGUUGGAUUUGGUGUUUUUGGACCACAGCUAUGCCAAACCGUGGAAUGCCCACCCAGAUGCCAGCAGUGCCCGGCCCACAAGGACGCUGUUUGUUACCCCUCGUCGCCAGCCUGAAGCCUUGUCAGACUCUGAUUCUCUAUUAGAUGUGGAGACCGCCACACCGACACCGGCUCCUCUCUACGAUAAUCAGAAAGCUCUCAGUGUGAUGAAGGAGUGUGAGCGGCACGUUCUGUUUGCUCGCACGGUUGCUGAGAGCCCUCCACCGCCCGAUGACUGGGAGGAACAUGUAAACAAGACUGGAUGGUCAGUGGCCCAGAACAAACUGUUCAAUAAAGUCCUUAAAGCUCUACAAGCUGAAAGACUCGCCCGCCUGGCCAAUGAAAAUGCUUCCAAUGAGCCAAUCUUGCGGAGAAUAGCUGUGGACAAGUGUGCCAGGAAGGUGCGGCAUGCAUUAGCCAGUGUGAACUGGGACACCAAGCUGACGCAGUGGUUACACACGACCAUGAUUGAAUCCUUGAGCCUCGCUAUGCUCGCUGCUUACCUGGAUGUGCUGCAGACUCUCAAAAGCAAGUUGCCAUUGCUGAUUGACAGAAUGUUGCUGACAACAGCAAAGACCGGCACUCCCAGUGCAGAGGCCCUGUCACUGCUACUGAAACGGCCCUGGGACCCGGCUGUUGGAGUCCUGUCUCAAAACAAACCGAGCAAGCUUCCUGGAUCGCCACUCAUCCUAAUUGCACCAUCAAGCCCGACCAAUCCCGCCCUGUCUACUUCACGGCGAAUGAGAUUCUGGCAGUCGCAACUCUCUUGUUUGGGAAAGGUCAUUCCGGUGCACAGUCACGUGAACAGCGGAGCAAACAUUGGCAUCACACAGUGCUUGGAGCACAUGUUGGGCACCGUCAGAGCAAAGGUCUUGGAGGUUCACAGUCACUUCCCCCACAAACCCAUCAUCCUGGUUGGCUGGAACGCUGGUGCUCUCAUCGCCUGUCACGUAUCUCUUAUGGAGUAUCUGACCGCUGUCGUGUGUCUCGGCUUCCCGCUGCUAACAGUCAACGGGCCGAGAGGGGAUGUGGAUGACCCGCUGCUGGACAUGAAGACCCCCGUGUUGUUUGUGGUCGGCCAGAAUGCUCUGCAGUGUAGCAUCGAGGGCAUGGAGGAGUUCAGAGAGAAGCUGAGGGCAGACAACAGCAUGGUGGUGGUGGGAGGGUCAGACGACAACCUCAGAAUCAAUCCGGCAAAGAUGAAGUCAGAGGGACUAACGCAGACCAUGGUGGACCGCUGCGUUCAGGACGAGAUAGCAGACUUCCUGUCGGGCGUCCUCACACGAGCGGAGGGCCACGGCCACGGCUCCGGGGAGAUGAGGGACCUGGACACGGAGAAGAAGAAAAGGCCUCGGCGGGAGCUUCCCUUUGACAUGGAGAGAGGACGACCGUCCUCCCCUGCACUCAGACUUCCCAUCUCACCUUCAGGUUCAGAGGAUCUGUCUAGCGUCUGUAGCAGUCCCACUUCAAGUCCCAAACCUAAGACGUCCGGUCUCUCUCCAGCACAGAAGUCCAGUCUGAUCACAGCCACGCAGCUCCUCAAGACACACAUGCAACGCUCUGGCACAGUCCUCACUCCUAAGCAGGCUCAAGCUCAGUUUGCUGCUUUUAUGAAACAAAACAUGCUUGUGAGGAAAAAUCUUCCUCCCGGCACCCCUCCUUGUAUUUUUGUGCCAGUGACCAGUGAUCAGAUGGAGGGCCUGGACAGAGAUGAACUGAGGUCCCAUGGCAGGAGGAGGCAGGCGCCUAGUCCCACACCAAGCAAAGUCACCAAGAGAGCCAAGAUCAAGGUCACCAUUGUGUCCCAGAGCGAGUCCGCGGGGGGCACCAUGAGCCCUGCUGCACAGGAAGUGGGUGUUUCUGGGAAGCCCUUAAGAGUGACCGUGGGACAGACUGUGGCUGGAGCCAAGGAGCUCUCUGGACUUCUCACAGGCCAGCGGUCUGGUAGUCUCUCAGAGGUAUCUGGUGCCCUGUCCCCAGGCUCGAGCUCAUUCAACAGCGUGCAGCCUUGCAUGGUGUCAGGGUCCUCCACACCAGUCCAGGCGCAAGCUCCGGCUACUGCCCAAGCGCCUUCCGCCAGCAGUCUACUACAAGGCCUAAGUUUCAGUCUUCAGGAGAUCAUCACCAAAACUCCUAGCUUGCCCGCCUCAGCAGCCAAUACAGGCAGCACCCAGGCGGUCUGUGGCAAGCCCCAGGGUCAGGUCCUGAGCUCCGUCUGUACCAGCAGCAGCAGCACUCUGCUCCGGGCGUUGCCUGUGGUCACCACAGGAGGAGUGGCUAAAACCACCGCCAUCCACCAGCUGCUCACUAAUGGCGGGCUGGCCAAGCUUGCCAGCAGCCUGCCCGGCUUGGCGCACAUCACCAAUCAGACCGCUGCAGUGAAAGGUGUCCAUGAUGACACACCCGAUGUAAGCCGAUGCUGUGCCAGAGGCAUUUGGGAGCCGCAGCCUGCUGAUGAGACUGCCCCCUCCCUGCAAUGAUAUACACACCACCCAACAACAUGCAGAACACCUGCUUCACAUCCUCCAGAGAGCUCCCCAGUGGAGAUGGUUGGAAAAGGCCAGGCAGUCACUGUCGGCUGUGGCUGCGUUGCUUAACCUCCGCGCACAGAUGGUUAACGCUUUACUAACACUGCAAUGGUGGUCUUCAUGCUAUGGUCUGUGCUCUCUUCUUACACCUUUAACAUCCUGACGGCCAGUGAAAAAACACAUGAUCACAUGUUAUCCUCAAGGAGGAAAUUAUUUGUAUCACGUGAGGAUAAACUGCAACCUACCUGGACUGUGAUAAUAUUGCUGUACGGCCUACAAAAGGACAGCCAGGAUGUUAAUUAUAUAACUCAACUAAAAGUAACCAUUAAAAAAAAACGUAUUUCUUAGGUUGUAUUAGGUCCAAGCACUUUUGUCAUAAAUUGAUUUGCAUCUUAUUUAUCAUCGGUCUAGACAAGUCAGUUGUGUGUGAAGCAUUUUGACAACAUGUCACAACUUGAUAUUUGUGAAUAUCUCCAUAUUUGUAAGCUAAUUUAAAUGAUAGCUGUGGCUUCCAUAUUAUAUAUCACAGUAAUUAUUUUCACACCAUUACAGUGUUUCAUCAUAAUAUUUGCUUUUUGUGUAGCAGUUUUCUUUCACCGUGUCAAACAACUUCACCAUAUAGUAGGCCUGAAAUAAGUUAGAGUGAGAACUUCAAGGCUACUUAAAUGUCAGUACUGGUCCUGAUUAUGUGAUUGCGGAAGCUACAAUGUUGUCAAAGAGGCCUGGAGUUGACUGAGCAUCUGUGCAAUGCUCACUUUGAAUAAUAUGCACUCUAAAAGAUGCAUUACAUGAAAG